GAGGGAGGGAGAGAGGAAUCUCAAUUUCGCCGCCAGCCAAACGACACCAAAAGAAUCAGACGAGCCGCGAAAACCCCACUGCUGUGCCCGCCAAACGCCAACCCAAGUGAAAAUCAACUCCCUCAAGCGACCCCAGCAUCUCUCCCUCUCUCUCUCUCCCCCUCUCUCUCCGUACAAUUCUCAAUCGUAACAAAAUGGGCGGCCAGGAUUGCUUCAAAUACGAGGUCCGCCAGACCGCCUACAUCAAGCUCGUCCUCCAUGCCCUCAACCACAAGACCUCCUCCGUCAACGGCAUUCUCCUCGGCCGUCUCCUCGACGAUCGGAACACCGUCGAGAUCGCUGAUGCUGUUCCCCUUUCUCACUCUCAGAUCGGACUCCUCCCCACCCUCGAAAUCGCCCUAACCCUGAUAGAGGAACACUUUGCGGUUGAAGGUUUGAGCAUCGUCGGGUAUUACCAUGCAAAUGAGAGAUAUGAGGAUCACGAGCUUGGAAGCAUCGCGAGGAAGAUCGGUGAUCAUAUCUUCCGAUACUUCCCCCAGGCUGCUUUGCUUUUGUUGGAUAACAGGAAGCUUGAAGCCUUGCCGAAAGGGAGUGAUCGGAAUCCUGUUGUACAGCUAUAUACAAGGGAUGCAUCUAAAACUUGGCGUCAAGCUGGAUCAGAUGCAAGUAGCAGUCAGUUGGCACUGAAAGAACCAUCCGCAAAUAUAGUCUUGUUGGAUUACAUUUCAACUGAGAAAUGGCGACAGAUAGUGGAUUUUGAUGACCAUCUCGAGGACAUCAGCAAGGACUGGUUGAACUCGGAUCUAUUCAAUUAGAACGUCAUUUGGUUUUCCUGGCAUUUUCAUUAGUGGAUACUAGCUACCUGUUUAAGACCUUCAUUUAUCAUUUUUAUUGCACGGAGUUACUUGAGAGGCACCUGGAGCUCUUGGCUUAAGAUAUGGAAGCUGUAACUGAUUAGGGUCUUGGUCUAAACCUAUAAGGUUUCGUAAUUUGAAUUAGACAGUGCUCUUGUUUUGCUGGAUUAGUGUAUUUGUUAAACGAUACUGUAGCAGGUCGUUAAUGGAGGAUUUUUUUUUUUGCAUU